GGCGGCGUUCGGCGAAUCCGGGAGGCGGUCGAGGGGCUGGACGUGGGAGUGCUGGUGAACAACGUGGGGGUGACUUAUCCGUACGCGAGGUUCUUCCACGAGGUGGAGGAGAAGCUGCUGGCGGAGGUGAUAAAGGUGAACGUGGAAGGGGUGAGUAAGGUGACUCAGGCGGUGUUGCCGGGGAUGGUUCAACGGAGGAGAGGGGCGAUAGUCAAUAUUGGGUCCGGCAUGGCGGCGGCCAUCCCUUCCGCUCCGCUGCACGCUCUUUAUUCUGCCUCCAAAGCAUAUGUUGAUCAAUUUUCAAGAUGUCUACACAUGGAGUACAAGAAAAGCGGGAUUGAUAUACAAUGUCAGGUGCCCUUAUAUGUGGCCACAAAAAUGACAUCAGUCACAAAGUCUUCAUUUUUCAUUCCAUCUGCGGAAGGCUAUGUUCGGGCAGCGUUACGUUGGAUAGGAUAUGAAUGGAGGUGCACUCCUUAUUGGCCUCAUUCUCUUCAAUGGGCUCUCAUCUCACUAUUGCCUCACUCCAUCGUUGAUACGUGCCGCUUUAAAAGCUGCCUUGCAAUUCGAAAGGCUGGACAACAAAAUUCAAGGAGAUGCAAGUGAUAGAUCAGAUCAAAUAAGAUCACAUUGAUCAAUACAUUCCAGUAUGUAUAUUUACGAAAUAUAAAUUUUCAAUGGAAGUCAUUUUCAAUGGAAUUUACAUCUUCUAUUGCUUUGAUAAAUUAUGUGUCCAUAAAUGUAUCAAAAUUAAUUAAUCACACCAAUUAAUAUGAUUUUAAUCAAUCAAGAAGAAUUUGAGGUGA